ACUCAGAUCGUGUGGGGAACUGUGUGGAGGCGUCUGGCUCCCAGAAAAGGGCUGUUGUGAAGAUCAGGAAUGGCUCUGGAGUACAGGGAGGUUGCAGCCUCUCCAGCCUCGCCCAUGGGUUUGGGCGGUGGGAAGCAUUCCUAGGCAAAGACCUAAAUCAAACAGACAGGGAAACUGAGGUUCAGGGAGUGGGAAGGCCUUUCCAUAGGACACAAGGCAACUCUGAGGCAGAGCAACCAGGGUCAUGACCUCCUGACUGCUCUGUGGGAGAGUAGAGGCCCAUGGGGGUUGGGGGCCGGGGAGUGGGCCCUUUAAAUCCUAAGCUCCACCUUUGCUUCCAAGGGUCCCUGGGGAGUAUAAAAGGGGGUGCAGCUCCUCUCUGCUCCUCAGAAAUACCUGCUGCUCCUUCCCACUGGCCCCCAACACCAACCCUCCCCAGCCUCCCAUUGCCGGCCUGCCAUGGACCUGCCACCCUUCGACAUGUGGAGAGACUACUUCAACCUCAGCAAGGUGGUGCUGGCGCUGCUCCAGAGCCGGAGCCAGAGGCUGCAGGUGGAGGAGAUGGAGGAGAUUGGGGAGCCCAGACCUGGGCCCCUGCUGGGGCACGGUCUAGAGCCGGGGACCACCCUGUGCAACUUCUGCAAGCACAACGGAGAGUCGCGCCACGUCUACGCCUCGCACCAGCUGAAAACGCCAGAGGGUGUGGUGCUGUGUCCCAUCCUGAGGCACUACGUGUGUCCCCUGUGCGGGGCCACCGGUGGCCAGGCCCACACGCUCAAGUACUGCCCACUCAACAGCGACCAGCAAUCUCUCUACCGCCGCAGUGGACGCAACUCGGCUGGCCGUAAGGUCAAACACUGAGGACUAUGAGCUUGGGCCCCCUCUCUCCGGGCUCCUUAACCUACGGGACACCAGUGUGCUGGAGAUGAACGUGGCUGGUUCAGACUGUCCCGCUUGAGAACUUGGAAGGUGGGCUACCUACCAGUUUGACCAUCCACCGCCGCCGCCUUCAGCACCUGCAGAGCCACGGUUUCCGCCUGGGCCAUGCUGGCCCCUCCUGCCUGUCUGCAGCAUCCUCUCCAUUUGGAACUGGGGGAAGAGGAGGGGACUUACCCAGGCGGGGUGCGGUAUCAUCACAGCCUGAGAGUACAGAGCCUCACGUGCUUGCUCUGGUGAGCUGACUCCCUGCAUCUCCCUCUAGUUGUGCUCUGCAUUCUUUAGCCCAUUUCAUUCCACUCCUGUCCCCAGCCCCAGGUCACCCACGGGUCCUCCUCCCCCAGCGAGAGAUGCGUCCGUCUCUCUGCCACCUCCCAUCCAGAUCCGGACAGGUGGCUGUGUUUUUCAUCCUCCAGCAGUUAAAUCAACAAAGCUCACACGGGGAAGAGGUUGAAGUGCCCAGGUGGGC